GUGCCUGUACCUCGGCGCUAGACCCUGCGGCCCUCCCCCCGCCCCACGGCACAGCCUGCGGUUCUAGGAAGACGCCGCUUCCCGGAAGGGCUGGGACGCGCGGGACAAAAGAUUAGGAGGUGGCUUGCCCCGCCCCGCUCUCCCGGCCCGCCCCUCUCGCCCUCUUUGGCGGCCCGCUCUGCCACCUCUCAGUGUGUGCCUGCCGCCCAUAAGCCCUGGGACCCUGACCUGCGCGCGCUCCUGAUCCACUGGCUCCCUUUUGCCGCCUUCCUAUCGGGCCCCCACACCGAAGCUGCUGCCCUCCAGGACAUGGUCCUUUGCGUUCAGGGAUCUUGUCCUUUGCGGGCUGUGGAGCAGAUCAGGCAGCGGCCCCUGUGGGCCCAGUCCCUAGAGCUGCCUGAGCCAGCCAUGCAACCCUUACCUGCUGGGGCCUUCCUGGAGGAGGUGGCAGAAGAGACCCCCAUCCAGCCAGAGGGUGAGCCAAAGGUUCUGGAUCCUGAGGAGGAUCUGCUGUGCAUAGCCAAGACUUUCUCCUACCUUCGAGAAUCUGGCUGGUAUUGGGGUUCUAUUACAGCCAGUGAGGCCCGGCAACACCUGCAGAAGAUGCCAGAGGGUACAUUCCUAGUACGAGACAGUACCCAUCCCAGCUACCUGUUCACACUAUCAGUCAAAACCACUCGCGGUCCCACCAACGUGCGCAUCGAGUAUGCCGACUCCAGCUUCCGUCUGGACUCUAACUGCUUGUCCAGGCCUCGCAUCCUGGCCUUCCCGGAUGUGGUCAGCCUUGUACAGCACUAUGUGGCCUCCUGUGCUGCUGACACCCGAAGUGACAACCCUGAUCCUGUUCCCACCCCAGCCCUACCUAUGCCUAAGGAAGAUGCACCUAGUGAUCCAGCACUACCUGUCCCUAUGGCUACUGCUGUGCACCUAAAACUGGUGCAGCCCUUUGUGCGCAGGAGCAGUGCCCGAAGCCUACAGCACCUGUGCCGCCUUGUCAUCAACCGUCUGGUGGCUGAUGUGGACUGCCUGCCACUGCCCCGGCGCAUGGCUGACUACCUCCGACAGUACCCCUUCCAGCUGUGACUAGCCUGGGUAUCCUGCCCAGCCUCAAGCAGCCACAUCCUGGAGGUGACACAGGCCCCAGCUGGACUUGGGCUCCUGCUAUCCCUCCAGCCAUCCUGGUGCCUGCAUGCAUCUGGCAGCUGGACCAGGAAGAACCAACAAGAGCAAAGAAGGGGGAGGGGGGAGUUGUCACACAACUCAAAGCUCAGCACUUUCAGGUCCCAUGUGGUUCCACUGUGGUGAGCCAUGUAUCAGAGAAGAGAGAGACAGGCAGGACCUUGUCUCACCCUGUGGGCUGGGCCCAGAUCUCCACUCACUGGCCCCAAUCACCUGAACUAUGUAGACUUUCCCAGCUCUGGUUUUUCAAUCUGCAGGGUGGGGCAGGCCCCUACCUCUAGCCAGCCUGUUUCUGGGAGGAUGGUGGCUAGAGGAACUGAGGUUGAUGGUGGACAGCCCCCUUGUGGGGGAGCAGGCUAGAUUGGGGAACUGCACAGUUAUAUACUAUUUAUUUAUUUAUUCCCCUGGGGGGUUGGUCUCAGAAGCGAGGGACCCCACCUCUUUGCUCUGAGCCCUGGUUGGCCAGAGACCCCAGCUGUGUUCUAGCUUCUCUGGUUCUUCCUUGUGGAGAGCCCCAUCCUGAGAUGUGUGGCUGGAACCAAGGCAGUCCUGGAUGUCCUGGCAACUGACCCACCCUACCUGUGAAUGUGGCCACUCUUUCUGUCCCAGCCCUGUUUUGGGAGGGGGAGUGAACAGACAAGAAAAUGGAAACCAGGAGCCUCAGUCCCCAGCACCUUCUUGCACGGCAGAAAUCGUGGCCACACAGAGCUGCCCUCUCUGUGGCACAAGUCCUCAGAGUGCACAAGCUGUGCAGGAAGAGGGUGCUGGUUCAAGGGCUGCAGCUACAACUCUGCUGGGUCGGUUUCCUGCCCAGGAAGGUGCCUGCACAGGAGAGAGGGGGAGAAAUACAUAUCUGAUAAGACUUUAUAAAAUGAUUAUUGUAACACA